GCGGGGAUUGGUCGGUGCGCCAGUACUUGAGCUCCCCGCAGUUCUCGGCUUCCCCUCGCGGACCACCUGCUCUGUCGGCGGGCACGCAAGUUUCUUGCGGCACUCCUUACAGCUUCCCGCUCUGCAGGGCUGACAGAGGACUGGAUAGUCCCGUCUCUGGCCCCGGAUAGCACUUCGCGUCGCGCCGCUGAGCCGUCGCAGAGCGAGAUGAGCGCGGACGCGGCGGCCGGGGCGCCCCUGCCCCGGCUCUGCUGCCUGGAGAAGGGUCCGAACGGCUACGGCUUCCACCUGCACGGGGAGAAGGGCAAGGUGGGCCAGUUCAUCCGGCUGGUGGAGCCCGGCUCGCCUGCUGAGAGGGCGGGGCUGCUGGCGGGAGACCGGUUGGUGGAGGUAAACGGCGAAAACGUGGAGAAGGAGACCCACCAGCAGGUGGUGAGCCGCAUCCGCGCCUCGCUCAAUGCCGUACGUCUGCUGGUGGUCGACCCCGAGACGGACGAGCGGCUCCAGAAGCUGGGCGUCCAGAUCCGGGAGGAGCUGAUCCGCGCCCAGGAAGGACCCGGACAGGCCGAACCGCCGGCCACCGCCGAGGCGCAAGGGUCUGGCAGCGAAAAUGAGGCUCAGGCAGCCGUGGCGGAACCCCGUGAGUCCGAAAAGAGCCAUUCCGAGCGCCGUGAGCUUCGACCUCGGCUCUGCGCCAUGAAGAGGGGUCCCAAUGGCUACGGCUUCAACCUACACAGCGACAAGUCCAAGCCAGGCCAGUUCAUCCGGUCCGUGGACCCAGACUCGCCGGCAGAGGCCUCGGGGCUCCAGGCCCAGGACCGUAUUGUGGAGGUGAACGGGGUCUGCAUGGAAGGCAAGCAGCACGGGGAUGUGGUAGCUGCCAUCAAGGCUGGUGGGGACGAGACCAAGCUGCUGGUGGUGGACAAGGAGACCGACGAGUUUUUCAAGAAAUGCAAAGUGAUUCCAUCUCACGAGCACCUGAAUGGGCCCUUGCCCGAGCCCUUGACCAAUGGGGAGAUCCAGAAGGAGAACAGCCGUGAAUCCCUGGUCAAGGUGGCCUCAGAGAACCCCAGGCCAGCCCUGGCACAAUCCGCCUCCAGUGACACCAGCGAGGAGCUGAAUUCCCAAGACAGCCCCAAGAAACAGGACUCCGUGGCACCCUCAUCUACCUCCUCCUCCUCCUCCGACCCCAUCCCAGACUUCAACAUCUCCCUGGCUGUGGCCAAAGAGAGGGCCCACCAGAAGCGCGGCAACAAACGGGCCCCGAAGAUGGACUGGAGCAAGAAAAACGAACUCUUCAGCAACCUCUGAGCGCAGCCCCCAGCCACCCGGGAAGCUGGAAGGGCCGGGCCCACACCCGACUUAACUCCCUCUCCCUCCUCCCACUUACCCCCAAUGACAAACCAAUCAGCACCAGCAUUUCCCCUCCUGGCAAACCUGAUUCUUCUAGACAACCAUGUAUUAUUCCCUUACCUCCGAGAAAGUGAAUGUGUUCCUCUCCUGCCCCAAUCAGAGAGCAGACUCCAUCCCCUCCUUUUCCUCACUGAGUGCUUCAGCCCACAGAUGUCCCCUUGCCACACCUGGGACAUCACUGGGACCUGCACCAAGCAAGGAUCAAGGGACCAGAGGAGGGGCCGUGACCCCAAGUGAUGCCUGGGUUUAGGGUUAAUCUAGGACUGGGAUUGCAGCAGCCACAUCACCCCGGGAGCUGUGGGUUGGGCAUCUUUUUGUUCAUUUGAUCUUAGGAGCGCUGUCUCGCAGAGUAGAGGGGGAUUUUUGUCUCCUGAUUAACAUGACUUUCCAGGCUGUUGCACCCAGGACCUGGCAGCAGCCUCAGCCUUAAAAUUUCGUUUCUACUCUCAGUGCAGAACCCUGGCAGGUGGGGCCAGUGUGGCCACCCUCUGCCCAGCCCUGAGCCAUGCUCCGCCAUUGUAAGGGGGUUCCACCAGAAAUUCAGCUGGCUUCU